UUUUGUUUGUUUUGAGACAGAGUCUCACUGUCGCCCAGGCUGGAGUGUGGUGGCGCAAUCUCGGCUCACUGCAACCUCCGCCUCCUGGGUUCGAGCGAUUCUCCUACCUCAGCCUCCCAAGUAGCUGGAACUACUGGCGCGCGCCGCUACGUCUGGCUAAUUUUUGUAUUUUUAGUAGAGACGGGGUUUCGCCAUGUUGGCCAGGCUGGUUUCGAACUCCUGACCUCAGGUGAUCCAUCGCAUCGGCCUCCCAAAGUGCUGGGAUUACAGGCGUGAGCCACUAAGCCCGGCCAGCAACACGCUCUUACCGCUGCAAACCCGAAUCAGGCAGGCUUUGAAGCCCAGCUCACAUUUUGAAGCCCGUCUCUUGGAAACUGACUUAGAUUUCCACCUGGGAGCACUUUGUCCUCUCAGCUCCCACUGCACCACUUUAGGGAUCGCGUGGUGACUCGUUUCAGUUUAUUUACGUGUGCUCCUGGAAAGGACGCUCUAUUUCCCUAGUGUCUCUACCUGGUAGGUAAAUAGGCCGCAGAAAAGACCAAUGCUAACUCCCAUCCCGCAUUUGCAGAGAUCCGUCGCUCACACCGUUUCUCGUCUUCCGUCGAAAAAUGGGAAUCGUGGGAGUAGGACCUAUUUGCCAGUCUCCUGGUAACAUUGUCACAACUGGCCACUUCCGCCCAACGCCCGGUAGCCCAAGGGCCUCCAGGGUCCUACCCCACAACCCCGAGCUCCUGCAGACGACGGCGUCGUGGGCGGUCACUGUUUUCCCUUAGGUCUGGAGAGGGGACAUCCGAGCGAGGGCCACUUGCGGCCUGGCCCGAGCUCGUCCCGCUCCGGGUGACCACAGAGUGCCGCGGGCGGGCAGAGGGGCCGGAAACCCCGGCCGCUCAGUCCCUGUUUCCGGCAGCGGCGCGCUGCUCCGGGAGCAGCUGUGGCAGCGUACGCAGUUUCCACGGGGACUGAAGAUGGCGCCGCGAGGUGAGAUUCCGGAGGUAAACGGUUGUCCUCCACCCCGCUGGAAAUCCUGUUCUUUCUGAACGCGUGGUAUAAUGCUACCUAUUUCUUGCUGGAACUUUUCAUAUUUCUGUAUAAAGGUGUUCUGCUACCAUAUCCAACAGCUAACCUAGUACUGGAUGUGGUGAUGCUCCUCCUUUAUCUUGGAAUUGAAGUAAUUCGCCUGUUUUUUGGUACAAAGGGAAACCUUUGCCAACGAAAGAUGCCACUCAGUAUUAGCGUGGCCUUGACCUUCCCAUCUGCCAUGAUGGCCUCCUAUUACCUGCUGCUGCAGACCUAUGUACUCCGCCUGGAAGCCAUCAUGAACGGCAUCUUGCUCUUCUUCUGUGGCUCAGAGCUUUUACUUGAGGUGCUCACCUUGGCUGCUUUCUCCAGUAUGGACAGAAUUUGAAGUACAGAAUUUCAGCCAGCAGCCCAUCAGGCUGACACCACACAUAUUGCUUCUGGUACUUUAGCCACACCAGUGAGAAUUGGUGGGGCAAGUUAUCCUGAGAAAGGCUGUGUGGCUUUUCUUCAGCACAUACAUUUGGGCAAGCAACUCAGCAUAAGGCCAGUGGGUGCCAUCUUCUAAACCAGGACCAUCAACCCGAGAGACUGUUCUACACUCCAGCAUAGGGACGGGCAAGGUUAUUCCCAUCCUGCCCCUUCUCAGAACCAGUCCCCUGCUGACCUCAAGUUCUCCUCUUUGAUCACCGUGGCCAGAGCAUCUCGUGUGGACCAUCUAGGCUCCUUGGGCUUCAAGCAGGACCUGAGCCACAUGCUCCCUGUACGAGUUGUGCCAUACCUGUCCCACAUGAGCACAGAGAGCCUCAUGUUGGUGGGUUUCCAGAGUGAUGCGAAAGCCUCUCACCCCAGUCCUCGGAGACUGAGUUUCCAGAACGUUUUUAGUAGCUCAUAGUGUUAUUUUUCUACUGUCAUCAUGUAACUAACUUUAUUUUUAAUAAAUAUGUAUUUUCUGUUGU